CAGCCCCGGUCCAUUGUUGUCUGCGAUUUUAAUUUGUUGUGUUUUGUUGAUAUUCGCAUUAAAAUCCUUUAAAAAUGGCCGAGGAAAUCGACGAUAAUGAAUUUUACCGCGAAAACUUCAGUGCCGAUUCCGAUUGGGAGGUGUUCAAUGCCCAACUGGGUGAGAUACUCCAGAAAUGGGACGUAUCCGCGGAAUCUGACGUGGGUAGGAGUCUCAAGUCGGAGGAAAUCUUUAUGUGCAAAUGGAAGGUGGAGAGGGAAACAUUGGAUAUGCUAAGAAAUGGCAUAGAAGUGGAGUAUCAUCAGGCUGUGCUGGAAGAUGAGGAGCUACUGACGAAGGAGGAAAUCAAGGAGAAUCCCUGCCUGCAGCGCACCAACUGCCAUCAUGACCUCAUGUCGAGUGGAAAUAGCUUUGGUCCUCCGAUUAGGAGCUCCCAGGAUCUGCAUAUACUGGCCAGGAUCUAUGGCCUUCGGCGCUUUAUAGUCCUGCAUCCCGUGCAACCCAAUCUCCACUACAUGAAGUCCACCUCGGAGUUCAAUUUCUUUCUCAGCUCGGUGGCCGUCGUAUCCGCUGAGGUGCAGAGCGUUGUGCCCACCUUCGUGCAGAUCUACGAUCCCAAAUGGAACUUCUACACGGGCGUGGCCUUAGCUCCCGCCCUGAGGACGAAUUUCCGGCUCAUUGGACUGGAGAAGGCCCCGCCCGAGUGUCGUUUUCUAAUGGGUCUGCUCAACCUGUUCCGGGAGAAGUUGCCCACUUCGUAUUCCCAGGCGGCGGCCAUGAUUUCCGUUUGCACCACCUACGCAUUGGAUACGAUGCGCAUCCGCAUGCCCAUGUAUGUGCCCUUUGAUCGUGGCCUCAGCUCUGAGGACAUUGUGGUGGAUGGCGAAGUCUCGCCCCUGGAACUGCAGCAGUUUUAUGCCCUACCACAUGGUUAUACACCCGAAUCCUGUACGGAAAUCUAUUUGGUCUACACGUGGCCGGAGUUAUCCGAACAUGUGGCCUUCGAUAGCGAACAACGAACCGAUUUUGUACCCUCCAAGGCUCCGCUUGGCAAGAUCUACCUCUCCGUUGAAGCCUCAUCGUAUUUAUCCUGCUGCCUGAGGGAUUAUCAAUCUGUGGAGGGAGUCACUAGAUCCCUGGAGUCCUUUGUGGGCAGAAAUUUCUCGGGCACUAGCAGUGGAGCUGAGGCGGGUUCCAAUCCAUUGGAUCGCAUCACGGAGCACAACUUGACCAAGAGGAGGGAUAGGAGCUACGAGUUGCCUUCACAAGCGGGUUUGACCAAGCGAUUGCCAGGUCCCAUGACCGAAAGCGAGUUGAGCGAACUUCUGGCCUACCUUUUCCCCGAUAUGCAUCCCGAUAUGGCGCUGUUUCCUUACGAAAAAAAGAGCUUCAAGGAUAAGUUCGAUCCCAUGCGAAUAAAGAGCGCUGUUCCCGACUCUUUGGUUUGUCGCCUCAGUUGUCUUUUGGCCACCUGCCACGCCCACUUGGGCAGCGUUGAGGGCAUGGCCCAAGUGUGGGCGGCCUUCACCCGCCAACUGCGAUUGCUGUGGGACAACUGCUUAACAGUUCCAGGAAUUUCAGCUGGCUUUCCCGACACGCGCACCUGUCUGCUCCACCAAAAGCUGCAGAUGCUCAACGUUUGCGUGGAACGUCGUGUGCAACGGGAGGCGAAUAGCAAAAGAAAAUCUCUUCUGAAAACCAGUUCCGAGGAGGAGGAAAAUGCGGAUGAUGAGGAAGAGGAUGAGGAUGACGAGGGCGAGUUCUUCGACUGCGAUGAUCUGACUGCCGGCGCCGGUUCUCCCACAAAAGCAGUUCUUAGCCUAAGACCCGAGGGUCGUCUAAGACGUUUGAACGACGAACGAUUGCUGGAGGAGCCCAAUGAGUAUCUGUAUAUACCAGAAACCCAGGAUCCAGUGCCCAAAACCGAGGAUCAGCUGCAGGACGAUGCCGAAGUUAUGCUGAAAUUGGGUCCUGGUUCGGGCUUAACUACCCAAAUGAUGUGUACUUCCUUGCUCUCCGACAUGGAGGCCUUUAAGGCUGCCAAUCCCAGGGGCAUAAUGGAGGAUUUUAUACGUUGGUACAGUCCCAAAGAUUGGGAGGAGGUCACUGAUGAAUUAGGUCAAGUGAAAAAUCAGUUAAGUGUAAGAAUGACCACUGAGGGCAAUACCUGGCAGAAAGUCUGGGAACAGGCCCAAGCCAUUCCCAUAAGCAGACAGAAAAGACUUUUCGAUGACACCAAUGAAGCUUUAAAAGUGCUGCACUAUUUGGAGACACGUAAAAUGCAUGAGAUCUAUAAACUGACCAUAGUUCCCUUGCUACAUUCAGCCAUACUUAAACUUAUAGACAUUCUUAGCAAUGCCAAAGUGGAGGACUUAUUCAGCCCACAAAUCGAGCAACUUCUCACCGGUCUUUGUCGACUUUCACGCUCUCAUUCGGAUGAACUGCCCCCCAUAAAGCCUUUACUAGAUGAAUUGGCCGAAUUAGAACGCCGCUUCUACCAAUUUAAGUGCUUUGAACGUCUUUCGGGAUAUUCAAAAAGAAGCUCUCUUCGCCAAGUGAAACUUCAGUUUGAGGAAAUACUUCGCAAUGAGAAUUGUUGCACAAUUGUAAAUCGAAGACUGACGGCAGCUGGAGAUGGCACUUUAUACGAUAUACUCAUACCCAAGUUGGAGCAGGAUAUGGCUGAUCGGUUGAUUAGCAAAGACUAUGUCAUCAGACUGGAUGGGGAUACGAAGAGCACCGAGAAGGGUUUGUAUUUGGGUCCACAGUUUAUGCGGGCCAUUGUCACAGGCGAGAAACUGAGACUUUGUGGAGCUUUUACAGAAAGUACGGCUUUUGUUUAAGAAUGGAAAAUAUAACUUUGAGUAGAGUAGAGUACAGGAAUUGCUUCCUAACAGAUUUAAAAAAGGGCAAAUCAGGACAGAAAAUAUGCUUCUUAGAAGGUUUAUGUAAAGAGACUAGAGUUUUUUAAACUAAACUAUAAAUCGAAAAAGAAACAACUAAUGUUUUAAAUAAAAAUAACUGAUUAAGACAUACAUUUGAUUGUUAAAACUCCAUGCAGAACAUAAAAACUAAAUUUAAAUCAAACCCCAA